AAAUAUCCAAUACGGCGUUACCACCAAAAAGGGUACAGAUGAAUUUUAUUUUAACGACGUCGAUUAAAUUUCUAAACGCCUUUCAUUUCCCCUUAAAUGUUGCUACCUACCUAGUUGUUCUUUGAAAUACCGUGUGAAAAAAGUGCAGUGCUUAGACAGUGUUUCUUUCUAAGGUUUCAGUAUGGAAAUCUGAAACUCCAACAUACUUAUGAAAGUUGCUAAUUAAAAUCGGACUCUACGGUCACCGGUUGUAAAGAAGAAGCAUGACGUAUCCGUGUCUUUGGUCAGUAAUUAUUUAUGCAGCAUGUGCAACUGGAUUGGCGGCGGUGGUGAAAACGUAUCUCGUUUUAACGUGUGGUAAAGUUAAGACGGACAAGACGUUGAAUGACCACGUCGUGAUAAUAACUGGUGCAAACAGAGAAGACAUUAUAAAUCAAUCGAAGAAUGAAAACAUAUUGGUUCAUCAUUUGGACUUAUGUUCUUUAACAUCGGUACGAAAAUUUGCCAGAGAGAUUAUUUCAACAGAAAACCGUCUAGAUGUUCUUGUUAACAACGCUGGAGCACAUAUAAAAGAGAAUUACAAGACCGAAGAUGGUCUUCAAAUAGGAAUGCAGAUUAAUCAUUACGGUCCCUUUUUAUUGACUUAUCUAUUGAUAGAUCUGUUGAAGAAGUCGGCGCCCAGUCGCAUCGUACACGUAUCGUCAAUCCUUCACAGAUUGGGUAGAGUCGAGUGUGAUAACAUGAAUUGUGAAAAAAGCUUCAACGACUUGAAGGUCUAUUUUAAUAGUAAAUUGUAUAAUUUAAUAUGCAGCAAUGAAAUGGCAAGGCGAUUAUCUGAAACGAGAGUCACGUCUAACAGUCUUCAUCCAGGAGUGGUGAAAACAGAUCUUUUUAGAAAUAUGCCUUUUGCCUGGAAAUGUUCUAUGAAAGUUCUUGGCCUAUUCCUGAAGACCUCUAAGGAAGGAGCUCAGACGACAAUAUAUUUAUCAAUAAGUGAUGAGGUUGAAGGAGUUUCGGGAAAAUAUUUUGUUGAUUGCAAGGAAGUAACUCCUUCAGUAACAGCGCGAGACGAAAAGAUAGCAAGAGAAUUGUGGGAUAAAUGUUGCGAUCUAGUUGGCUUGAAAGUUGAGGAGAGAAACAUUUGAAGAAUAACUUAAGGCCAAGUUAUGUGAAAUUGGGUAUAUAUAUUUUGAAAAUUAAAUUACAACAUAUUAAGG